AGUCAGAGAAACACUGUUCGUUGUGUAUUUUAUUUGAAACGCAUUGAAUGUUUUCUCUGUAAACGGAUACCAUGAGGAUGCAUUGAUGCCGCGGUCCAGUAUCGACGGAGGUCGUUUUGAUUUCAGGACACGUUUUGGUAACGAAGUUGAGUAGCUAGCUGUAGCUCGCUUGUUCCCUUCAAGUUUUCCCAAGGCUGCAGAGCGAAUUCCCAGUUUACUAUUUAGCUAAGCCAGCCAUCAUGGCGAGGCGGGCAAUGGAAGGAUCUGAGAUUUUAACCUGUAUCACUUCCUCGGUUUGGUAUAAGAACUCUCAACUUCAUUGGAAUAAAGAUAAACUUCAUACUUGGAGCUUCUUAACGUUCUGUACGCUUAUAUGCUGUGGAUUUUGUGGUGCAGACAAUGAGUUUUCGAUCUUGGAAGAAGCACAAGUUUUAGCAGUUCAAAUGAAAAAGCUGUCCUCGCAGGAGCUGGGAGUUUUCACUAUGCAGAGAAUCUUCAACUCCUUUGUGUACACCGAAAAGACUUCAAAUGGAGAGACAGAAGUACAACAGCUGGCGAAAAAGAUACGUGAGAAGUUCAACCGGUACCUGGACGUGGUGAAUAGAAACAAGCAAGUGGUGGAGGCAUCUUACACAGCCCACCUGACCUCCCCACUGACUGCCAUCCAGGACUGCUGUACCAUUCCUCCUUCUAUGAUGGACUUCGAUGGCAAUUUCAACACAAAUGUCUCCAAAACCAUCUGCUGUGACCGCCUGUCCCCCACUGUCAACAGUCGAGCGUUUAACCCAGGCCGGGACCUCAAUUCAGUUCUUGCCGACAACCUGAAGUCCAACCCUGGGAUCAAGUGGCAGUAUUUCAGCUCGGAGGAGGGGAUAUUCACUGUGUUCCCAGCCCACAAGUUCCACUGCAAAGGGACCUAUGAGCAUCGGAGCAGGCCCGUGUAUGUGUCAGCGGUAAGGCCACAGUCCAAGCACAUCGUGGUGAUCAUCGACCAUGGUGCCUCGGUCACCGACACCCAGCUCCAAAUCGCCCGGGAUGCCGCCCUGGUCAUUCUCAACUCCAUCGACGAACAUGAUAAGAUCUCAGUUCUGACAGUGGCUGACACAGUGCGGUCCUGCUCCUUAGACCAGUGCUACAAGACCUUCCUGUCCCCGGCCACCAGUGAGACCAAGAGGAAGAUGGCUUCCUUCAUCAGUAACGUCAAGGCCUCCGACAGCCCCACCCAGCAUUCCCAGGGCUUCCAGAAAGCCUUCCAGCUCCUCAGGAACACCAGCAACGUCACCAGACAGCAGACCAACACCGACAUGGUGAUAAUCUACCUGUCCUCGGGCGUGACUUCAGCAGACCCCUCCGAUAGUGAGAAGAGAGAGACACUCAGCGUGGUGAAGGAAGAGAACCGUCACCUCAACAACUCUGUCAUGAUCCUCACCUACGCACUCAUGAAUGAGGGGGUGACUGGUCUGAAGGAACUGGCAUUCUUGAGGGACUUGGCGGAGCAGAACUCUUUAAAGUACGGAAUGCCGGAUCGCUCCGCCUUGCCAGUUGUCAAGGGCAGCAUGAUGGUACUCAAUCAGCUGAGCAACCUGGAGACCAGCGUGGGUCGCUUCUACAUCAACUUGCCCAACCGCAUGAUCGACAUGGCCAGGUUCAGCCUGCCCUACACUGACCCUAUGGGGGACGGUUUCAUCAUGACCGUGAGCCGCCCAUGCUAUUUUGGUAACCUGCUGCUUGGAGUCGUGGGCGUUGAUGUAAACCUGGCUUACAUCUUGGAAGACGUGACCUACUACCAAGAUUCUCUGGCGUCUUACACCUUCCUCAUUGACAAUAAAGGCUACACCCUCAUGCACCCAUCACUCACCCGGCCCUAUCUGAUGACCGAAGCCCCUCUGCACACUGACGUCAUCCACUACGAGAAUAUCCCAGGGUUCCCGCUGGUCAGGCAGAACAUUCUCAGCCUGCCUCUGGGCAGCCAGGUCAUCACCGUGCCUGUGAACUCCUCCCUCUCCUGGCACAUGAACCGCCUGCGAGACCCCAGCCGAGAGGCCUACAACGUCAGCUACGCCUGGAAACUGGUCCAGGACACCUCCUUCAUCCUGUGCAUAGUCUAUGUCCAGCCCGAGAUCCCGGUCAAGCACCUGAAGAACCUCAACACCGUCCCCAGUAGCAAGCUCCUAUACCACCGCUUGGACCUCCUUGGGCAGCCUAGCUCCUGCCUGCAUUUCAAGCAGCUUGCUACAGUUGAGAGCCCCACGGUGAUGCUGUCAGCCGGAAGCUUCUCCUCCCCCUAUGAGCACCUCAGUCAGCCGGAGACCAAGCGCAUGGUGGAGCACUACACCGCCUACCUCAGCGACAACACGCGCCUCAUCGCCAACCCUGGGCUGAAGUCGUCUGUCAGAAAUGAAGUAAUGGCUACCAGUCACGUAACCGAUGAAUGGAUGACACAAAUGGAAAUGAGUAGCCUGAACAGCUACAUUGUGCGUCGUUACAUAGCAACGCCCAAUGGGGUGCUGCGGAUUUACCCAGGCUCUCUCAUGGAUAAAGCCUUCGACCCCACCAGGAGACAAUGGUACCUGCAUGCCGUGGCCAACCCUGGCCUCAUCACCUUUACUGGCCCGUACCUGGAUGUGGGUGGGGCUGGUUACGUGGUCACCAUUAGCCACACGAUUCACGCGUCCAGUGCUCAGAUGGCCUCUGGCUAUGCGGUGGCCGUGAUGGGCAUCGACUUCACCCUGCGCUACUUCUACAAAGUGCUGCUCGACCUGCUACCCAUCUGCAACCAGGACAAAGGCAACAAAAUUCGUUGUUUCAUCAUGGAGGACAGGGGAUACCUUGUGGCUCACCCCACGCUAAUCGACCCUAAAGGACACGCCCCAGCGGAGCAACAACACAUCACACACAAGGAGCCGCUGGUCGCUAACGACAUCCUCAACCACCCCAACUUUGUGAAGAAGAACCUGUGCAACAGCUUCAGCGAUCGGACAGUGCAGCGCUUCUACAAGUUCAACACCAGCAUCGUGGGCGACCUGACGAACCUGGUUCACGGAAGUCACUGCUCCAAGUACCGUCUGACACGCAUCCCCGGCACCAACGCCUUCGCCGGCAUCGUGAACGAGACGUGCGACUCGCUGGCGUUCUGCGCCUGCAGCACGGUGGACCGGCUGUGCCUCAACUGCCACAGGAUGGAGCAGAACGAGUGUGAGUGUCCGUGUGAGUGCCCUCUAGAGGUGAACGAGUGCACUGGAAACCUCACCAACGCAGAGAACAGGAACCCGAGCUGUGAGGUGCAUCAGGAGCCCCUCUCUCUGACGGUGAUAGACUCCAGCCUGCAGGACACGCUGCCCCAGUGCAUCAACACCCGCUGCAGCCAGCGCUUCACCAGCAGCGACUGCUUCGGGGUGCUGGACUGUGAGUGGUGCAUGGUGGACAGCGAUGGGAAGACUCAUCUGGACAAGCCCUACUGCGCCCUUCAGAAGGAGUGUUUCGGGGGGAUUGUGGGAGCCAAGAGCCCUUACAUGGACGCAAUGGGCCACCUGGAUGACGAGGUCAUAGCCAUCAACAUGAUAAAGAGUGCACCGGUGGGGCCUGUGGCCGGAGGCAUCAUGGGAUGCAUAAUGGUGCUGGUUCUGGCCGUGUACGCUUACCGGCACCAGAUCCACCGCCGCAGCCAUCAGCACAUGUCCCCGCUGGCCGCCCAAGAGAUGUCCGUCAGGAUGUCCAACCUGGACAACGAGCGGGACGAGAGAGACGAGGACAGCCACGAGGACAGGGGGAUAAUCAGCAACACGCGCUUCAUCGCGGCGGUGAUCGAGAGACACACACACAGUCCUGAGCGUAGGAGGAGAUACUGGGGAAGGUCUGGCACGGAAAGUGACCACGGUUACAGCACCAUGAGUCCCCAGGAGGACAGCGAGAACCCGCCCUGCAACAACGACCCCCUGUCAGCAGGUGUGGACGUGGGCAACCAUGACGAAGACAUGGACCUGGACACGCCGCCUCAGACCGCCGCCCUGCUCAGCCACAAGUUCCACCCGUACCGACACCCGCACCACCACCCGCUGCACCACACGCACCACCUACAGGCCGCCGUCACCGUGCACAGCGUCGACGCGGAGUGCUGAUCCACGCAGGCCUCGCCCGCCCCCCGCCCCGCCAACGGCUGCGCUCAAACCCCGUCCCAGAGGAGACGUUUGAUCCCGCUCAACCUGCCGGAGGUGAGAGGAGGGGAUGGACUCAGCCGGGAGGAACAAAGCAGGCCCCUGCUACUCAACACUGCUGGAGAUUUCCUCUGAGGGACUCCGGCGACCUUUACAGGACAACGCUGGCGGAAGUGGGAAAUGUGAGCUGUGCGGCAGGAUGAGUCAAAGUGAAGCAGCCGCUCGUGUGGGUUUGGGGGAGGGGUGGAUUCUUUCACAAAUGUAAACAAUGCAUCUCAGAUUUGUUUUUAACAAAAGGAUUAUUUUUCUACUAUUUAUUUAACUGGAACUGAAAUGUCCUAUUGACUACUGCCUGCGAUCGGUUUGAAAACACCCUUUAAAUCGUGACAGCAGCAGGCGGGAAAAGGACAUGCAGCGACUUUAUUUUUAUUGGGGAAAAUGACUCCAUUUUAAAACGGUUUUACGUUACGUACGAAAGAUCGAUGGAAGCAUGGAACUGAAGAUGAUGCAAUCGAAAUUGUCAAGCUAGAAACUGGUAACUCCGAGACUGCAAGAAUCACAACGUUCUUUUAAAGAUUUUUGAUUUUUAUUCAAAAGGAUGAAUACCUGAAACCUGCAGGGAGCAUCUAUAUGCCUGCCCAAAUUUCCAAAUCUUCAGAGGCAUGUCCGCGUGUGCAGUGACUGUCAUCACCUCAGAGAUUUGUGUGGGAUUGAGAGCACACAAAGCCUUGUUUGACUCCAUCAGGAACGCCAUCUAUGGCUGUGUAUCUGUUCGUGGAAAACCUCAGUGUUGAAUGGGUUCAAUUGGUUUCGAAGCUGGCUUAAGCUUUCAGGCUCGUCUCACUGAUAAACCCUGCCUACAGCGUACACCUCGGUAUGACUUCUGUGAGUGAGAUGGCUCCAGUUAAAUUAAAAGGGACACACAGACUCACUCAGUCUCCAUUGAAGGCAUGAUUUUAUGUUUUUAAAUGUGAUUCUAAAAGCUUUUGUAUUUAUACAUCAGCCCAGUGCACUGUUGGCAAGAAGAGACUGUCAAAACAGUUCUGCUUCUCCAGAUGAACGUUUAAUGUUUUGAUUGGUUACUUCAACAAAAUCAGAGAAAAUUAUUGUAUACAUUUAGUUUAGAAGUGGACUAAUCUGGUGUUCUCCAAGUUGUCUGAUCCGAACAAUGUAACAAUGCAAUGUCUAUGAAUGUUUGUUUUUGUUUUUUUUUGUUUUUUAAAUAACAAAUUUAGCUAUACAUGUGUUUUACACACCAUUAGAAAAAAACUUUUUUUUUUUUCCUGUGUAAAGUGUAUAGGUUGUGUUCUUGAUAAUCUUCAGUUUACCCUGGGUUGUUUUGAACUUUUUUUAAAAAGUGUACUGUUCAUGGUAUUGGACAAGAUUAGCUUACUGAUACUUUAUGUCCAUAUUGGAAUUUAAAAGAGAUUGAUAUUGGUGAUCUCAUUUUCCCCUCAAAAAGGUUAUAAACAGUUAAUAAAAUAUUUGACUGUUGGAAAAAUGUGUCCCCUAAUAUCACAAAGCAUUUUAGUCCAGGAAGACCGUUUUAUCCAGAUUCCUGGAAUUCAUGACAUUCACAUUAUAAAUGUGUUUUUAUAAAUUCCCUCUAUUCAUCAUGAAAUCUUGUGAAUUGAAUAUUUCUGUUAUAGAUUUACACAGAAGAAUUCCAUUAUUAUUUCGAAGUCUUGUAGCAUCCUCUGGCAUUACCGUAACACAUCUUUGAAAGUACUGCCAUUUUGAUGGAGAACAUUAACAGUAUUUACUGUUGUAACAAGUGUAAUCUUGUGUAUACUGAACACUAUGAAUUUCAUUAAUAUACUGAAGGAGCUUCAAUUUCUGUAUAUCAUUCCUUUUUCCCUAUGUAAUAUAUAAAGAAAAUAAUGGAGAUUUAUUGCAACAUGAAUGUAAUAAAAGGUCCACUUCCAUA